GGGGGGGGGGGUGGAUCCCCGGGCGGGCCAUGUGCCUGGGGCAUUGCUCUUCUUCGCACCCUGGAGCCAAACCUGUCCUGGGACCAUUUGGAGCGCGCGCCCCACGCGCCCACGCUCCCUGUUGACCCUUUCACGCGCCGCCGUUUUGUUUACCUCUCCGGCAAACGAGGGACGGCGCCGGAGCCCUCCUUAUAAGAGGAGGCAGAGGAGGCGGCCCAGCAGCACAAGCCGGGAAGGAAAGCGAGGACACACAGAGAAAGGGAGAGAUCUUGACGCACAGCAUGGAGAGCUCGCCGCUUGGCCCCCGCAGCCCUCCCCAUCUUGGAGCAUGCAAGCCCCGCAUCCCAUGCACAGAAGUACCCAGGUCCGAAAGGUACUGGAGGCCUUGGAUUCCAACCCAGAAAGAGGCAGAAAGGCAGCACCAGGCAAACCAUCCAACGUUGGGCGAUUCUUCUGAGACUAUGGAAGACUCAGCAAAACUCACACACUAUACACACCCAGUCAGAUUAUUCUGGCCCAAAUCAAGGUGCUUUGAUUACUUGUAUCACGAAGCGGAAGCACUUCUGAGAAACUUUCCUGUCCAAGCCACACUUUCCUUUUAUGAAGAUUCAGAGAGCGAGGAAGAGCAUGAUGAGUUGGACCAUGGUUCAGAAGCAGCGGUGGAUUGUUGAUUGCACAAGGACUACUGUUACUGUUUAUAUUCAUUAAUUUAAUCUCAAGCUCAGUUUUCUAUAAUAUUUUAAGCUAAUUUAUAUGUAAAUUAUUUGCAAUUAAAGUUCCAAACAUUUUUUAUUUUCAUAA